AUGUAUCAUAUCACAGGAAAUUGUACAGCGGGUUGUAAACCUGGUUUUAGUGGUGUUGAUUGCACAAAACAUUGCCCCGAAGCUUCUUACGGCAAAGAGUGUUCGAAAAUGUGUACAGAUAGAAAUUGUUUACAGAAUCAAAAUUGUGACAGUAUGAAUGGCAACUGUGUUGAUGGUUGUCAACCAGGUUUUAUUUCAAUCGACUGUACACAAGGUUUUAUAUCAGUUGACUGUACACAAGGUAAAUAUAAUAUAGUGAGUACAGUAUAUAAUAAUAUUAAUGGUAGAUAUCAUAUUGAUGGUUGUCAACCAGGUUUUAUAUCAAUUGACUGUACACAAGGUUUUAUAUCAAUUGACUGUACACAAGGUAAAUAUAAUAUAGUAUGUACAGUAUAUAAAAAUAUUAAUGGUAGAUAUUAUAUUGAUGGUUGUAGACCAGGUUUUUUAUCAGUUGACUGUACACAAGAAUGUGAUGAUGGUUUCUAUGGUGAAAACUGUAAUAAGAAAUGUUCAGAGAGAAAUUGUAUAAAUAACAGUACAGUUUGUAGUAAAGUUGAUGGUAGUUGUAAUGGUGAAUGUCUAGAUGGUUAUAGUGGUGUAGAUUGUAGCCGUUCUAGUUCAGCUCCUAAUCCUAAUAAUGCAGAACCUGGUGAUAAUAAUGAAACCUCCAUCAUUAUAGGAGUUUUAGUUGCUAUUAUUAUUGUCUUGGUAGCUAUAAUUGUAGGUGUCUGUGUAUACUUAAAAAAAAGAAAAUUGUUUCCAUCUUCAAGUAUCAAAGAUCCACCAGUAGUGAAUUUCAAUGCUACAACGCCUACAGCUGGUCAUAUCUAUAUCAAUGAUACAGUAGAAAAUGAUUUAACUGAACAGUCAAAUGUUAACCAUUACAGUUCAUUAGGAGCUGCUUAUGUGAAUGAAAAUCCAUAUGAACAGAUUAAAAAGUGA